UGAAGAGUGAAAAGUGUAUCAAUAUUUGAUUUUUCGAUGAACAUGGCCAGUUUUAAAGAUAAGAUAUCCAUUCACUCGUAUUUUUUGUCAUAUCGAUACAUGUAACAAUGGCGGCUAGUCCUAAUCCAACUUGGUUGCAAUGGCUGGUAACUACGAAUGAUGUUAAACAAUUAUGGGCAGCUCAACCGACUUUCUUGAUCUCACAGGCGGUCUACAUCCUUGCGGGUGUUAUAACUUUGAUACACGCUUUCCGCAAGGGUGGGCGGUGGCCUUACUUUUGGCUGGGGACCGUACUGCAUGGAAUUUAUGCGGACAAUUUCUGGCAUUUUGUUCUUCCCGAAUAUGACAACUUCUGGCAUUCGCAGACGCCUAUCGUGUUCCUUGGUGCUCGUCUGCCCUUACACAUCAUUCUGUUAUAUCCAGCAUUCAUUUAUCAUGCCGCAUAUGCGGUGCAUAAACUGAAUUUACCAAGGUAUGCGCAACCGUUUGCCGUGGGCUUGAUAACAGUGUUAAUUGACAUUCCAUAUGAUAUAGUAGCUGUUAAAUUCGUACAUUGGACAUGGCACGACACGGACCCGAAUAUCUUCGAUCGUCACUAUUGGGUGCCUUGGAAUUCCUAUUAUUUCCAUUGCACAUUUGCAUCUAGUUUCUACUUCUUCUUCGAUUCGAGUAGAAGGUGGCUGGCGCCUCGAGUGGCUCAAUGGUCAUCCGCUACAAAAGGAGUCGAAUGGAAGUCUUUGUUGAUAGCGACACUAUUGGGCAUGCCUGGUGGUGUUCUAUUGUUUAUUCCCAUUUAUCAUCCACUUCAUGACGUGUACAAAUUACACUCUGAAGUUACUUUCUCUCUAUUAUUCUCUAUUUAUUUCGUCAUCGUCGUGCUAGGCCUUCUAAGUGACCGUGAGAAGAACAAAGAUAAGCUCACAAAGAUCGAUUAUGUAUUGAUAUUACAACUUGCCGUUCACUAUGUAAUUUAUUGGGUGUUUGUGGCGUUUUUCAACCCUGAGAAGGAAUGGUCUACAGGCUUACACGAGCCGGUCGGCCCUUGUAAUGAAGUGGCUUCGUUAACGUCACCCUUUGGACAGACUUUAUACAAGAGGAAAUAUUUCUGUCCUCAAGAUUAUAAUGAGGAUUAUUUUGACUUCCAUUGUGUCGGUGGCAAAGUGCCACCAAAUGGCGCCAACUGGUAUACCAUCUGUGGAACACCAUUUGAAAACCGAGUUGAAUAUAUAACUGUGCUGUCAACUAUACUUAUUAUGGCGUCUGGUGUAUUUUACGCAAUUUACUUCAAGACAACACAAACGCUAGCCACGCCUGCAUCUAAAAAAAUUAAAACAAAAUAGGAAAAUAACAGAAAAUUUUCACUU